ACUCACAAAUAUCUAAUAAUCAAACCCUAAAAUCUGAAAAAAGCUCAAAGAUUUUCUCCCCACUUAUCGUCUCUGGGUUCCCAAGCAUCGAUUCGUCUCUCGAGUUAAUUAGUGUCGUCGACAUCGCAGAAGAAAGUAGAUUUGUUUCACAACUGCCUCUUGCAUCGUCAUAGUCGCAUAGUCACAGUAAAUGAAAUCUGCACCCAGGAGAACACAAGCCCCUAAUGUCCCACUCACUACUGUGAGUCAGGAGACUCAAUCAAUUGUUGUGAAUACUGGUGGUGAUGGUCUUGAUGAUGAUUCUGAUGAGGUAUUAGAUGCAUUCAUGGAGAGUUUAGAACAAAAUGAUGUUGGCAUAGAUGGUGUUGAUGUUAUAGAUGGGGUAGGGGAAGAGUUAGAUGCAGAAGGCAGUGAUAAGGGUGAAGGAGAAGGGAAUGGAUCAUCUGAUGAUGAUCCAGACUUCAAGGUGGUUUAUGAAUCAGAUAAUGAGGAUAUUUUGUUGUAUGAGUCUGAUAGUGAGGAUAUUUUGUUGGCUAACAUCUGCCUAUUUUGGACAAUGAAGAAGUAUGUAAAAGCUGUUAAUUAUGUCUAUUUUGGAACACUAAUAUGAAAUCGGUGACUAUUUUGAUACAUUUUGUUUUUAUGACUUUGGACGAAUUAU